GAGGCAUGUGGCGAAAAGACGUUGACAGGCCUAAAACAGGGAUGUCAUGUUUGACUUGCAAACUUUUAACUUCCAGAACAUGAGGACGAGAAAAUGUGGUGGAAAAACGCGCUUUUAUUACUCGUGACUUUUCUCACAAGUUUAUAUACGUUGGGUGUAAGCCAUAGCCAAGAAACCCCAGCUUUGUCAGCAAACGCUGGAACCAGGGAUGCUACACUGAAGGCCAUUUUAUCAGCCGAUAUCGUUGCCACGGCAACCAGACAGGAAUCCUCUGCUGAUCCAGACCUGGUUCCUGUACCCGCAGGAACCAUUGAUCACACGGCCACACCUGUCCAAGAAGCAGAUCUCGUUAGUAGCCAGGUAAUAGCACCUGAGACUGUGUUGGACACACCCAUGAAGGAUGAUAUCUCAGGUAGCAAGGCUAAUGGACCAGGUGAUCAAAUAGAUCAGAAUAAAGGAAAUGAAGUCAGUUUGGAAAACCCAGAUCAGAAAGUAACACAUGUUGAAGAAAUUAUCAAAGGAGCAUCAGAUGAGGAACUCUCCAGUCAUCAGAGGGAGGAAAAUGCCAUCCCUCCAGUAUCAAUAUGCACAACAAGUGUGUUUGAUACAGAUGUCAGCUUGACGCUCACCCAGACCUCAACCCCAGACCAUCCUGACCAUGCCACUCCCAAGGACAACCAACAGGGGAAGGCUGGUGCUCAAGAGGAGGUAACCCUGAAUGCUGUACCUGACACAGUGGAGAAGGGAGACAACUCUGUUCAAACACUGCGGGCAGAUGACACACUUGAGGAUGUAAAGGAGUUCAUCAAAGAGGCUGCCGAUGCCAAAGCUGAGGAAAAAAACAAUGAUGACGUAGUUGCGUACUCUACAACAAAUGAGAAAGAAAGUACAGCAACGAAUAUCGUUCCCGAUGUGGAGAUAGCUCCCCACGAUGUAGAACUCCCCUCAGUAAAUAUAAGAGAGACCUCAACAAUACCACCCCAGAAAGAUGCCAUUGAACUUCAGUUUCCAUUAGAUGGAGGGGUAGUACAAGAGGUCAUCAAGGAUGGAGGCGAUUCAGGGGAGACAACUGAGGGAGGGCAGGAAGAGUUUCCCAGCUUUGGAGAAUGGACGGCGAAGGUUCUGGCAGAAGAGGAGAAAACCAAACUGGAGCAAGAGAGUUUGGGUAACAUGCCAGGGGGAGCUGUUCAGCCAAAAACCGUGAAGCAGAGCCGUAACAAUUACGCCUUGCGUGAUUGCGGUGCUAAGGUUCUGGCGGCAAAUCGAGAGGCUCAGAACACCAAUGGUAUCCUGAACGGGAACAAGGAUGACUAUAUGACCAAUCCCUGUACUGCCAAGAAAUGGUUCAUCGUUGAACUUUGUGAGCCAAUCCAGGUGAGAACAAUCGAGCUGGCCAGUUUUGAGCUCUUCUCAUCUCAGCCAAAGACCUUCAGGGUUCACCUCAGUGACAGGUACCCUGCUAAGGAAUGGCACCAGGUGGGCACAUUUCACGCCACAGAGGAGAGAAGCACCCAUUCCUUUCAGGUGGAGGAUGAACAUUACACCAAGUUCGUCAAGGUGGAGAUGGUGGACCACUUCAGGGAGGAGCAUUUCUGUCCCAUAACCCUGUUCAGGGUGUUUGGUGUGGACCUCAAUUAUGAUGAUGACGGUGACAGUGGUAAUGAGAUGCAGAACACAGGUGAUAUGCUCUCUAAUGAUGAGGAAGGUGGAAAUCCAACAAAUUUAUUUGAAAGUGCCAAAGACACCGUGAUAAGCCUGGUGAAGAAGGUGUUGAAAGUGGAGGAUAACGAGCAGGCUCCACAGGUGGAGGAGGUGCAUUCUGGCAACACAGGGAACAGCACAGAGUUGGAGUCAUUAGAGAGUAACCUGACAGAGGACGGUUAUCCUCUACCCUGUGUUCCUGAUGCAAGCAUACCUGUUUCCCCUGGCUCAGACACAGACAACAGCACUGUUACCAAUUCCACGGACAUCCAACCCCAGGAGCCUUACCCACACACUGUCAAAAAUGACAAUUUUGUGAUAAAACUAGAGGACCAUGAACAGCCACCAUCGCCGGAUCGUCUGACCGAACCUCUCGUCACUCUUAUUGACUGGAACUUCUUCUCCUCCAUCGGGAAUAAGGAGCUGGCACAGAGCUGCUCCUCAUGUCAUGGCAACAUCUCCGCCUUAAAACAGAGGUCUGAGGGACGUAAGAACUGUAUCUACAUCAACCUGCUGUUAGGGAGUCUCCAGCAUCGGCAGUCUUGUCCUGCAAAGCGCAGAAAGUGGACCAAGAAAGUGAAAGUGAAAGACAUGGUUGAAGAAACCUCUAGCAAUAUUUUGUCAUCAGAAUCAGUCUCUGUGAAUGUCCAAGAGACUACCGUGGAAGGUGAAAAGUCAGAAGAAACGAAAGCUGAGGUAUCGGAGGAGAGUGUCACAUCAAGCUCUGCAAAUGAUCCAAAUUUUGUGAUGAUCACCACGGCCACUCCCAGACCGAGAACCACAAAGAGUGUUGUAGAACAUUUACAGAGCUCAGUUACAGAGGUGACGAAGAGUGAGAGUGAAAGUGAAAGCGAGAGCAUUGUAUCACCAGAGUCAAAGAUAGAUGUAAGUAUUGUUGAAGAAACCCUGGUGUCAUUCUCAUCGACAGUGAGUAUCGUAGAUCCCAGCAAGGUGGCGACCGACAGCAAUGAUGUAACGAUGCAUCCACAGCCAGGUCAUGUGCUGAUCCCAACAGCAGUGGCGCCCUCUAGGACAGAGGAAUUGUCUCAGGAUACAGCAGGCGGUUCAUCAGAACUGACACACGAGACCGGUGAAGAUAAGGCUCAGCAGCUACCACCCGUUGAGCUGGAACCAUCGUACAACAAUCCCUCUGUCACCAAGAAGACUGCCGAGAGCGAUGACGCAUCCGUGAGCUCAACACCUGCACUACCUCCCGUUAACGAGGACACUACUGUGUCUCUGAGUCCCCCUGGGCAAAGUGUUACUAAUGAAGGGGAAGGAACUACUGAGAAUGGCCAACAAGCCGAGAAAGCUGAUCCCAUAAAGGAAGAAGUGACAGAUCCACCUGCAGAAGUCACGAGGGACACGACUCUUGUUCAGCCGACACCUGUGGAAGAUGCAGGUGCGUCAUUGCAAGACAGCAACAAGGUUAUAAAAGCCAUUAACCAAUCAGAUUCAUUGGCAGGAGAGGAGGGCAAGAGAGACCUUAACCUUGUGCGUGUGCCAAUCUCGCCUCAUAUGAAGCGGGAAACGGCGAUAAUGAGGCUGAAUAAUCGACUAAAGGCAUUGGAGCUAAACGUGUCACUGAGCAGCCGCUUCUUGGAAGAGCUCAGCAAACGCUACCGCAAGCAGUCGGACGAGGUGAUGAAACUGCUUAACAAGACCAUGUCCAGGCUCAGCAACACCACCAAACUGGUGGAGGAAAAGGAUCAGCACAAUCGUGAACUGAUUGGCAUCUUGGAGGCCCGCAUAGACAACCUGACUUCCCUCGUGAGCAAGCUGGCAGACAAUGUGGGUCACUUGGACCAAAAGUUAACAGAGCGUAACUUCACGUGGGCCACCAUGGAAGUCGUUGUCGUCUUUGUGUUGUUAUUGAUGAGCUGGCGUCGCACCCAGAGUCCUUACAUCACCCCAGAGAUACAGAAGCUGUUAGAAAACAUGCCCUCGGGGCCGGGCCCGCCCAAACGACGACGUAGACGAAACUCCUCCACGGGCACCAUAGGUUACUCCUCUCCUCACCCCCCCCUGGUGAAACACUCCAGCGAAAGUGCUCUAGAUACUCAACUUGAAUUUAGUAUAGUUGAACCGUUGGUUGCUGCGGUCUCCUCAGAUACAAAGCUGACAGAGGGGAACAAAAAGAAGAAGAAAAAGAAGCACAAAAAUCUUGAGUCAAAGUCCACUAUCUAUAACAGAAUGAGAGAGGUGACACCCUCCAGUAGUUCCUCAUCCAAUCAGAGCAGUGCUUCCACAGCUGGAGCUUUUAAUGGCCCAGGAAUGGCGUGGUUUGAUGGGAGUGACAGGUGUCCGUCAGAGAAGCCCCUGUCAGAUUCUCAGCCAGGAAUCAUGUCGGGUCAGCCGAGUAGUGUAUCGGUGAAUGGUGUGAAAUGCCGACCAGGGUACCAGCCAAGUGACAGCAGUGGUGGCAGUAGUACCAGUAUAGCCAGCACGGUGUGCUCUGAGAGAGACACUGCCGGCUUUUACUCUAAAUUCCCCGUGAAGGCAUCAACAAGUGCUAGCUUUGGCGGUUCCCGUCCCAUGUCAACCCAGACUGCAGCGGUCAGGAUCUCAAAGUCAGCCAGUAAUAAGGGACUCUCAAACGCCAAUGUGAACAGAAACGCCACGUCCAAGAAAUCCAAAGAGGUGUGGCACUGCCGCGCGCAAUCUGACGGCAAUGUCACCAUUGACGAGAAGCUGGAGUAUUGGAGUGACACAUGCAAGAGGCCUCCAGAAAGCUCUGCAAGCCGGCGUCUAAGCGAAAAUAAAGGUGGGGGAGGGGCCAAUCGUCAGCAACGCCGUGUCUCUCACCCGACAGAAACUCUAAGUGCUCUGAAUGGGGCGGUUGCGAUGACAGACACGCCGAAGUCAGCUAACCAGUCCGACAAAAGUCACAGGUGGCCCGGUAGUUGGAAAAACAUCAUCAGCAUCAAGUGAUAUUGACUUUACUUGUGUACGAUUGAUUGUUACGUACAUAUCAGCAGUACAAGAAAACGAGAGGACUAAGUGGAAAAUAUACACAAUGCGUUUAGGUAUUUACAGGACGUACAACUACAGUAUUAUUGAAGAAUCCCUGUGCUUUGACAGGCCGAGCAUGGUGGUGAUUUUUUUUUUCUCCAUAGGGUCACAUGCUUAUCUUUUGGGAACAAAUCUGCAGAUCUUGAAUUUUUUUUUCUUUUUUUUUGUUGGAGUUAAAAUUGUGUAAGGAUGUUCCCAGUAUUAUCAUGGUGCUGCAUUAAUAUCCAUCAUGUCAUCCUGCCUUUCGGCUCAAAAGCUGGCUUCACUCCCUUUGCUUUUUUUAUUUGUUGUUGGUGGCCAAGGAUUUUUUCUUCUCAUCUUCAGCUGUACUGCUAAGCUCACACAUGUACGCAUUGCUUACCAUCACUUUAAUUAUUAUAAGUGCUUCUCUUUGUAACAGAAAAGAGUUAUUAUACUGAAUUUUUUGUGUCAAAUCUGAAAUUGAAAUUGUUUUGUUUUCAUUUUACGUAUGCCUUCUAUAAAUGAAUGCACAUACGUACUGUAUUUCGCUUUUGUGUUUCACACUUGACUGUUCAGAGCCUACAGGCCUCUUUCCAUGAGGUUUUUGGUAAAUUCUGUAUUUGCAUAUACAUGUAGUACGUAUUGUGUAUUUCUCAGUAUUAGUACAUUUUUCAUUCGUGGUUUGCUUGUUUUCACCAUGUUCAUUUCUGUUUCUGUCUGCUUUUGUCAAGCCCAGCAAAACCUGUUCUUUGUCUUUUGUACACAUUGUUGACAUUGUUGACAUUUGCACUGGCUGUGAUUUUAUAAUUCCAUGUGGUGACAAAUAUGAUGUGAUAACACUUUUUGAUGAAUGUCUUAAAAGGCCAACACCGUUAUGAACACAUUUGGAACAGUUUUCAGUGAGACUAGAAAAAGUCAUCAUCACCUAAUUUUGAAACAGUGAAAAAAUUGUGGCAAAUCAUGAACUUUUAAUCAACAGUAAAAUCAGAAAAAUUCUUCAUCAGAAAUGUUGAAAAAAUUAAUUAUCAGUAAAGUUAGGAGAAUUUUUUGAUCAGAAGAAUUUGAAACAUCAAUCGUCCGUGAAAUUGGAAAGAAUCUUCAUCAGGAGAUUCAGAGUCAGAAACGUUAGUUAUUACAAAAUUAGGAGUAUUCUUUGUCGAAGAAAUUCGAAACAUUGUUCAUCAACAUAAUUUGAAAAAAUCUUCAUUAGGACAUUUUGAAUCCUUUAUUAUCGUUCGUAAAGUUGAGAAAGUUUCUCAGCAAAUUCUGGAUUAUUCAUCGUCUUCAGAUUUGGAAAAUUUCAUUGUCUUUCAGAAUUAGAAACAUUCUUCAUCUUCAGAAUUAGAAGAAAAAAUACUUAACCAAAUGCAUAUCACUGUUCAACGUCCAUGCAUUGCUUUUAAGUUGAUUCAUUGGUGCUAGCUACACUGUGGUUUUCAAGGCGCACAAAGCUUAAUAUCUGGCAGUAGAGCCGUUUUAUUUUCACGUUAACAGGCUAAGUGUUCAGCAGUACAACCAAAGCAAUCCAAGUUGUGAGUUCCAGCACAUUCCUGUCUCAUAUGGCACAGUGGAACUUGUGUAUUACCUUAUUUUUAAAUGUGUGUAGGCGCAGCAGUUCCGUACUACACAUGGUUCACAUGGCUGUAGAGAACGCAAAAAUGUACAGAUUUCGCCGGGACGGCUUCAGGAAAACUGUUCUUCUGGCUCGUUGUUGUAGCUGUGUACAGCAACAACUUAAGUGGCUAGGGCCCGCUUGUUUGAGGCCUUUUUAACCAUGGUUUAACCAUAAAGUGCCAUGACAACCAGCAAUGUAGGCUGCCAUGGCAACCAACAAUGUAGGCAUUUCGUCGCCAUGUCUGUUACGUCCUUGUAACGUUAAGUGGACCUUGUACAAGUGGGCUCAGGUCAUGUUUUCUCAAGGUCAUAAUACAUCACAGUACUCCCGUGCUUGAAUGUUACCGGUUACCAAAGGCAUCUAUACAUUUUUUCAGUGCUUUAAACGUACGUUUUGCUUGGUUUAGGUGUGCAUGGUGUCCAGUGUCCCACACGUGCCAGAAAAAGUUUAUCUGGUUUGCACGGCACACUUGACCUCAGUGUGUACAUGAAAUAGUGUGUUUGGUUUUUAAAUGACAAAGAGCCUCAAGGUUUGGGGAGUUGUACUGGAAAUAUUUUUAACAGAAUUCGCAUUUCAGAAUAUGAAUUAAGUCAUCAGUCAUCGUCAUUUUUUUGUUUUCAGAUGUAUGCAUUACUUAAUUUAAAACGUGCCAUAGUAGUCCAUGGUCUCACGGUUUGUAAGGAAACCAUGCGAGUCAUACUUAAGCACACUUUGCAGAAAGUAGUAACUAUUGUUUUAUUUGUUUGUUUCAUUGUUGCAUACAUGCAAAACGUUGUUAUUAUUUAUUGAAUAAAACUCACAUUAUCAAGCGCC